AGAUCCGGGCCUGCGGAAGGAUGAAUGUAAAUGUCAAAGAUGGCGGCGGAGGGAGGAGGGAAGGAGAUGAACGAGAUCAAGAGUCAGUUCAGCACGCGGGAAGGCGCGUAUAAACUCCUCACACACUCCGAGUACAGUCGCCCGAACCGUGUGCCCUUCAACUCGCAGGGCUCGAACCCUGUCCGGGUCUCGUUCGUCAACGUCAAUGACCAGUCCGGGAACGGCGACCGAAUCUGCUUCAAUGUGGGCCGGGAGCUGUACUUCUACAUCUACAAAGGCGUCAGGAAGGCUGCUGACCUGAGCAAACCCAUCGAUAAGAGGAUCUACAAGGGGACGCAGCCCACGUGCCACGACUUCAACCACCUGACGGCCACGGCGGAGAGCGUGUCGCUGCUCGUAGGCUUCUCUGCGGGACAGGUGCAGCUCAUCGACCCCAUCAAGAAGGAGACCAGCAAGCUCUUCAACGAGGAGAGACUCAUCGACAAAUCCCGCGUGACGUGUGUGAAGUGGGUCCCGGGCUCGGAGAGCCUGUUCCUGGUGGCCCACUCCAGCGGGAGCAUGUACCUGUACAACGUGGAGCACACCUGCGGCACCACGGCCCCGCACUACCAGCUGCUGAAGCAGGGCGAGAGCUACGCCGUGCACACCUGCAAGAGCAAGUCCACGCGCAACCCGCUGCUCAAGUGGACCGUGGGCGACGGCGCGCUCAACGAGUUCGCCUUCUCGCCCGACGGGAAGUUCCUGGCCUGCGUGAGCCAGGACGGGUUCCUGCGCGUCUUCAACUUCGACGCGGUGGAGCUGCACGGGAAUAUGAAGAGCUACUUCGGCGGGCUCCUGUGUGUGUGCUGGAGCCCCGACGGCAAGUACAUCGUGGCCGGCGGCGAGGACGACCUGGUGACCGUGUGGUCGUUCGUGGACUGCCGAGUGAUCGCGCGAGGACACGGGCACAAGUCGUGGGUUAGCGUGGUGGCGUUCGACCACUACACCACUAGCGUUGAGGAGAGCGACCCCAUGGAGUUCAGCGGCAGCGACGAGGACUUCCAGGACCAGAUCCAUUUCGGGCGCGAUCGAGCUAACAGCACGCAGUCACGCCUCUCGAAACGCAACUCCACGGACAGCCGGCCAGUUAGCGUGACGUACCGCUUCGGCUCCGUGGGCCAGGACACGCAGCUCUGCCUAUGGGACCUGACGGAGGACAUCUUGUUCCCGCACCUCCCGCUGUCCCGAACGCGAACGCACACCAACGUCAUGAAUGCGAGCGGCCCGCCGGCGGGAGGAAGCGUUAGCGGCGCCGUGAUCCCGACCGCUAGCAACCCCAGCGCUAACGGCAGCAACAGCAGCGCCGCUAACACGCCGGCUAACUCGCUGCCCGCGCCGCUGCCGCGCUCCAACAGCCUCCCGCACGCGGCCGCCGGCUCCGGCUCCAAGAGCGCCGCGACCGAGAACCCCGUCGCCACCGGCGUUAGCAAGUUCGCCACGCUCUCGCUGCACGACCGUAAAGACCGGCACCCCGAGAAAGACCACAAGCGAAACCACAGCAUGGGCCACAUCAGCAGCAAGAGCAGCGACAAACUCAACCUGCUCACCAAAACCAAAACGGACCCUGCCAAGACUCUGGGCACGACGCUGUGCCCGCGCAUGGAGGACGUGCCGCUGCUCGAGCCGCUAGUCUGCAAGAAGAUCGCGCACGAGAGACUCACCGUGCUCAUCUUUCUAGAAGACUGUAUUGUCACCGCGUGUCAGGAGGGCUUUAUUUGCACAUGGGCGAGACCCGGCAAAGUGGGUUUACUGUCCUCCCAGAACCAGGCCAACUCUCCCAGUGGAACAGUGGUAUAGCCCAGAGUUCCUGCGGCUCCCAGACGUCUCCCCGGUUCCCUCGCCGCGAGCGCAGGAACGCGUCUGUGCGUCAGGGCGCCGGCCACGGGCUUUCCUUCUCAUUCCCCAGAGUAUUUAUUUCAUAUGGUUUUCACUCUCAGUUGCGUCUCACUGUAUUCUGUUCUCUGGUGUAUUUCGAUCUUGCCCACGGUUCGGGAGAUCCGGGAACCCGGCUGGAAGAGCAGUCACGUCCCUUUUAAUACAGUUUUAUUUUCAUCCUUUCAUACGGAGUAGAUUUGACCCCCAUUGUUAAACUUUGCACUGAUUUUAUUUUGGGUUUUCGUUUUUUUGUAAGUACUAUAAAGGAUCAAACAAGAGAGAAGUAGACGUUCGGGGAAGGCCUUGAUGCACUCGGCUUUAAUAUCCUCUGUCUUGAAUCUGAAUCUGAAAAGCUGGAUGCUGCAAUCAUUAGUUUUUUAAAAGAAAAUUUGUUUGCACUUAAUAGUUUAUUAGAAGAGAAUGGCUUUACAUUUUUGUGUGCAAGGACUCACAGACCGGUAUAAUGUGGAGAAUUAUGAUUAAAAAACUUUGUAUCUAUUGAGCAUUUAUUUUAAUAUUGUUUCAGAUAAAAAUCUGCUUUGUAUUAUAUGUAAAAUAUUGUAAUUCAGUGAUUUAUUGGGGCAAAAGCAAAUGAUCAGUAACUCUAGUGGAAGUUUGUCAUCAUUACAGGAAAUAGUGACAUUUCUAAAGCAGAAAAAUAGACAUAAUAAUAUUAAAAAUAAUCUUAAAUAUGCAGGUUUCUGUUUUUUUCUUUUUCUGUUUCUCUUGUACAAAAGUCACCCAAAUGUAUUUUGAUAAUAUAGGAGAUUUAUGUAAUGGAUACGCUAGAUUGACAGAACAGUGUGUCGUCUGGCUAAUAAGCUCAGGAAGUCUAGCAGACGAAGAAAACUAAUCUCAUGAAAGAGGUUCAAGAGUUCAUAUUUUGCUUACCAACAGCAAAGUUAUUCGAUGUACUACGAAACCCACUAUAGGACGAGCAGUAGACACUAUUAAACCGCUGUCAUGACUUACCCUUCUUUGUGACUAGCAGUCAUUGUUAAUGAGAUGUACACUAACCGGGAAAGAUGUGGAUGAUGGAAGUGUCAUAUUUUUGAUUCAUGUGGUUAACAUUUUGCAUUUCACAUUUUGUUCUUCAUUAAAAAAAGUCCACGGA